GCGCUCCCGCCGGCCAUGACCGGCGAGAAGCUCCGCUCGCUGCGCAGGGACCAUAAACCCAGCAAGGAGGACGGGGACCUGCUGGCGGCCGGCGAGGACGAGGCGGCCGCGGCGCCCGGGGGCGCCUUCACGGGCGGGAAGGGCGGGCGGGCCGGGGGGCACCGCGGGCCCGGCGCUCACCGGCACCGCCCGCCGGCCCGGGCCGCCCCCGCCGGGCCCGAGCGCGGCCCCUUCCCCGUGCACGAGUGCGUGUUCAAGGGGGACGUGCGGCGGCUCUCGGCGCUCAUCCGCACCCAGGGCAUCGCCCAGAAGGACAGUCACGGAAACACUCCUUUACAUCUUGCUGUGAUGUUGGGACAUAAAGAAUGUGCCCACCUGCUUUUAGCCCAUAAUGCUCCAGUAAAGGUGAAAAACGCUCAGGGAUGGAGCCCUCUGGCCGAAGCCAUCAGCUAUGGAGACAGACAGAUGAUUUCAGCACUCCUGAGGAAGCUCAAGCAGCAGUCCAGGGAAAGUGUUGAAGAGAAGCGACCUCGGUUAUUAAAAGCCCUGAAAGAGCUAGGUGACUUCUAUCUAGAGCUUCACUGGGAUUUUCAAAGUUGGGUGCCUUUACUUUCCCGAAUUCUGCCUUCUGAUGCAUGUAAAAUACACAAACAAGGUAUAAAUAUCAGGCUGGACACAACUCUGAUAGACUUUACUGACAUGAAGUGCCAACGAGGGGAUUUAAGCUUCAUUUUUAACGGUGACGCCGCACCCUCCGAAUCUUUUGUAGUUUUAGACAAUGAGCAAAAAGUUUACCAGCGAAUACACCACGAGGAAUCUGAGAUGGAGACAGAAGAGGAGGUUGACAUUUUGAUGAGCAGUGAUAUUUACUCUGCCACCUUAUCCACCAAAUCCAUCACAUUCACACGGGCCCAGACAGGGUGGCUCUUCAGGGAGGACAAAACUGAAAGAGUAGGAAAUUUCCUGGCAGAUUUCUACUUGGUGAAUGGACUUGUGUUGGAAUCCAGGAAAAGAAGGGAACAUCUCAGUGAGGAGGACAUCCUUCGGAAUAAAGCAAUCAUGGAGAGCCUGAGCAAAGGGGGAAACCUCAUGGAGCAGAAUUUUGAGCCCGUGCGCCGGCAGUCGCUGACGCCGCCGUCCCCCAACACCAUCUCCUGGGAGGAGUACAUCUCUGCAGAGAGUGGCAAAGCUCCUCACCUGGGCAGGGAGCUGGUCUGCAAGGAGAGCAAGAAAACCUUCAAAGCCACGAUAGCAAUGAGCCAGGAAUUCCCCUUAGGAAUCGAAUCGUUGUUGAAUGUCUUAGAAGUCAUUGCACCCUUCAAGCACUUUAACAAACUUAGAGAAUUUGUUCAAAUGAAGCUUCCACCAGGCUUUCCUGUCAAAUUAGACAUCCCGGUGUUCCCCACCAUCACGGCCACUGUGACGUUCCAGGAGUUCCGCUACGACGAGUUCCAUGACUCCAUCUUCAGCAUUCCCGACGACUACAAGGAGGAUCCCAGCCGCUUCCCUGACCUCUAGGGGGGGCUGGAAGCUUCCUGGGGAACAUCCACAUCCCAGGGAAAGGGAAUGGCUGCACCCACAGUAGGGUAGAGCCGUGGGGCACAGGAAGGGAUGAACUCCGUGAGCCCGCAGCAAAGGGAACGUGCAGCAGUGCAGGUGUGCUGGCACUGCACUGGGCACCAGCCCCUCCAGCUCCCCCUUCCCAGAGCCUCCUGCUGCCAUUCCCUUUGGCACAGCCAGUCCUGGCCCUGGAGCUGCCGCUCCCAGCUGGGAGGAGCUGCUGGUUUUUAAAUUUUUUUACACUGCUGGACCUUGGCACCGAGCUGGGCCCGGGGCUUGGGGGCGAGCUCCUCCCUGUCCUUCCUGUGCUCCCUGUUCCCUGAGCUCCCAGCUCAGCCGUGGAAUGUUGGAAGGUAUCCCCAAGGAAUGCCUUGGCUGUAGAUGAAUGAACCAAAUGGGCACCACUGACACUUGGAUUUCCUCCUGCACCCCAGGGCAGAGCCAGCUGUGCUCUGCAGGGAGCGAGGCACCUGCCUGGUGCUGUCCCCACCUGAUCCCUUCAUUCCCACUUCACUCUCUGCUCCCUGCCUGGCUCCCUGUGGUUUUGGGGAGCACUCCAGGGCUGCCUGGCUGGGAAUGUCACUUGUUUUAAUCCUUUAUUUGACCCUCACUUGGGAGAGGUGUCCCAGAACGUCUGAGCACCACCAGGUCAGUGUGUGUGUGUGCCCUCAGCAGCCUGGAAAUCUGGGAUGCAUAGAGGCACUGGGGAAAGCUCAGGAAUUGCCCCUUCCUGUGGGAGGAGCUUUCCCUGCGCUCAUGGGCAGCUUUCACUGGGGUGUUCCCACUUCAUUUCCUGCCUCUUUGUGUUUCCAUCACACAGAAUCCCAGACUGGUUUGGGGUGGGAGGACCUUAAAGCUCAUCUUGUCUAGCCCCCCCUUUGUGGAUGUUUCAGUACUCCAGCUCCUUGAGCUUAUUCCCAUUCCCAGUUGUUCCAGUCUCCUCAUCUACUAAUAAUCCACCUUUUUGGGGUUUGUUAGGCAAGAUUUGUGCAGAAGGCUGAUGGUGCUAUUUGUUUGUAUGAAGAAAUUUAGAUUCAAGUUCUGUGGUGUCAUUGUACAAAAAAUGUAAAUAUUUUCCAAAUUAUAUUCUUUGUGCACUGUAGGUAAAACUUUUUCUGGAAUUCCAUAGAGUUAAGGAUCAAAGUUUAUAAUGAAGAGGAUCACUGAUGCUCAGUGGAGGGAACAGCUGUGCUGAGCACGAGGGACAAGGGAGGGGCUGAGCACAGGGCAAGGUGUCAGGUACACCUGAGAGCAGGUGAUUCCAAACUGCUGGAAUCUCUGAUCCAUCCCAAAGAGGCUGCUCUGGGGAAGGACAUAGAGGAGGCCCAGGAAAUCACUUUUGUCAGCAAAGUCCAGGAGCACUGGAGUGGGAGGGUGGGGUUGGUCCUUUCCCAGCACCUCUGUGAACCUGGGGAGCACUGGGACGUGUGGGAAUAGGGAAACACUGGGACCUGGGGGGACAGGGGAGCACUGGGACAGGGGAGCAGUGCAGCUUUGUUGUUAAUUCAAACUCAAAUCCAAAAUAAAACUUUAGGGAAAACAAGCAAAGGGAAAUGACUCCUGCAGUGCCGUGUCAGGGCAGGUGUGAAGCAUCCUCUGGGAAUGAUGGAACUUGUUCUCCCAAGUAAUGAUGAAUUCCUGAUGUGUUUCACACCUCUGGGAUGAACUGACACCAUCUGUGCUGCUCCUGGGAGCCAGGUGGGAUCCUCUGAGACAGACUGGGAAUGUCCAUGGGGCUGAGCUGGGCUUGGAUUGGUGCCUGUGGGGCAGCACAGGGCCCUGUCCCCUCCCAGGGGUGCCCUGUCCCCUCCCGGGAAUCCCUUCAGGAUGUUUUGUGGAGCUGCAGGACCUGUGCCAGGUGUGGAGCUGGUGCCAUGCAGGGCACCCCAUUCCUUGGGAAUUCCAGUGAAGGGGAGAGGUUCUUCCCCAAGGUGAAUGUCAGAGCUCUCUUUCCUCAGUGGUUCAGGGAGGAUCCAAGGAUUUGUGUUUCUUUGCAUUUUUGGUUAUCCCAAAUUCAUCCCUGGCUCCGUGGAAGUGUCAGUGGGGCUGUGGGGCCUGGGCAGUGCAGCUGCUGCUGGAUCCCAGGGUGGAUCCCGGGCUUGGAACUGGAAAACAAAAAGGGUUUUGGGUGGCCUCCUGUGGGAUUUGAGGCUUCUGUGGCUCCAUCCCCUCUGGUGGCCGUGGGGUAACUACCCAAAGCCCAGGGCAGGUCCUGGAAGUGUUUCCUGUGGUUCCUUGGCCUCUGGCUGCACAUCUGGGGGAUUUUACCCCCCCAGGACACGGCUGCUCCCUGGGACACUUCCAGGGUCUGCAGGAAGGGUUGCAGGAGGCUGCUCCUAAGGCUUCUUCAGCCUUGGAAUGUGGGCACAGCUUUGGAACUGGCCUUGUUCUGGUUUAUCCCAGCAAAUCUGGCUGCUCCUGCUCUCCCUGUGGAGCUGAGGGAUGGGAAUUCCCUGGAUUGUUCCCCAGCUCCCAGGGCAGCUCCGUGCCCCCUGGAGCUGCUCUCAGGACUUUCCCCUCCUCCUGGGAUGUGUUUCCUGUCUGAACAUUCCAGGUGAGGAGUUCUCACACACAGAGACACCGGGGCAGGUUUCCCAAUGGAUGCACUGCAGGAAUUGUGUUGGAGGGACACUGGGCUGAGCCUGUGGAUCCCGAGGGGCUGCCCGUGUUGAGAUCCAUGUUUAUAUCCAUGUUUUCUCCACUGAAGCCUGUUUUGUCACUGGGUUGUGUUGCAUGGACACAGCGAAUGUUUGUGGGCCCAGUUUGUCUCUGGGUGUUCCCAGCCCUGUGUGGGGCACAGGGUCCCUCCCCUCUCCUGUGGCUCUGGGAAAUUUCCUUUUUCUAAGCAGGAUUGAUCCAGCAGAGCCUCACCUCACCUUUCCCCAUUUUCCUGAAGGCCAGGCCAGGCCAGGUGUUGCAGGAAGGUUUGGUGCCUGGGAGUGAGCACAGAUCCAUGGAUUUGUCCAUGCAGCAGCUCCAGCUCAUCCCCGUGGCCUGGGAAUGUCGGGGGGAGCAGGAGCAGCCUCCUGGACACUCCAGCUGGGAGUCAGUGUCCAGGGCAGGAGAAGGGAGCGGGGUCAGCCUGGUGGGAAUCACAUCCUGCUGCUCCUGGGGGCUUGGGGCUCCCCUCCCACCACAUCUUGGUUUUUUUCCUGAGGUUUUUUUAUAGCUCUUAAAAUACAACCAGGAAUUUUGCUCAACCCAAUUCUCUGACCUCACUGUGGAAGGAUCCCGUGGGUCGUUUCUGAACCAAACUAUUCCUCUGGUCUUCCAAACUCCUGCUCUGUCCCGUGGCAAAGGGAACACCCUGGUUUUCCUCUCCUGGAGCUGCUGUCCAGCCACUGCACUCCCACCACUGCAGUUCCCAAGUCCUGCAUUGAAUCCGUUCGUUCCCCUGGAUGUGUUUGUGCUGGAAUCCCACAGAUUCUGUUGAUAUUCCCAGCAACGCUCUGUUCUUUUACUGUCUCUGCUCCUGAGUUGUGAUUCCUGCCAGGAGAGCUGCGUUAUUUAAUCCGGAUUAACCAAUUCCUGUAAUGCUGCAGUUUCACUUUUCUUUUCCUGACAGUUUGUAACUCCCAUGGAAAACGAGUCACCUCUCUUGGUUUUCCUGUUGUCUGCUCCCCGGUUUUCUCUUCCCUUCACUCAUAGUCACUUUGGGUUGUGUCAUUUGUUAGAAUAAAGACCAAACUAUGCUGUUGGAUUUGGAAACUGCUCCACCUGUGCAAUCCAGGCUUCCUUCUCCUGUCCCGGCGCUUCCCGGGACUCGGCUCCGCUGUGGGAGCGGGAUUGGAGGGGAGGGAACGAGCUCCUGCUGCUGUGUUCUGCGAGGGCAUUUUCUUGGUCAUUUUUUAAAUAAAAUCCUGCAU